AUGAAAACCAUGAAAGCGGUCAUCUCACAUCGAUUCUUGCCUACGCGUCUACUGAGUUUCGCCCUCGGUAGUCCGCUUGGGCAGGGCGCGCAAGUCAGCGAUGUCUCAAUCCCAAGCAUCACCGAUAAUGAGGUCUUGGUCAAGGUGCACGCUGUCGCGCUGAAUCCCAUCGACUUCAAAGACAUCGAUGUCCUUUCUCCACGCAAUUCUGUCAUUGGCUGCGACUAUGCGGGCGAGGUGACUCAGGUCGGCAAGAAUGCAGGACAGCGUUGGCAGGUUGGAGACAGAAUCGCCGGCUUUGUCCACGGUGGCAUGUAUCCUGACGUUGGCUCAUUCGCCGAGUACGUGAAAGUCGAAGGAGACUUGGCCUGGAAGCUGCCGGACGAAAUGUCUCUGGGUGAAGCCACCACCUACGGAGUUCCCGCAGCCACCGCGAUGCUGAGCCUUUCGUACCUUGACAUUGCCUCGGCGGAUGAUGAGAACAGACGCAGCGCUCACCAGGGCGGCCAACCGACCGUUCUCAUCUAUUCGGGAGGCUCGAACGUCGGUCUCUUCGCCAUUCAAUUAGCCAAGAGAGCAGGAUACACGGUUGUGGCAACGGCCUCGCCACGGUCCUUCGACCUCGCAAAGCGUUAUGGCGCCGAUGCAGUAUACGACUAUCGGACCCCUGCAUCUAUUGGCGAAAUUAAGGAAGCCUAUCCGAACAUCACGAAAGCUCUCGACUGCUUUUCCGAGGGCACUUCUGCCGCCUUCUGUGCGGAUGUGUUGCGAGAGGGCAGCCCGGGCAAAGUGGUCACGCUUCUUGAUCAAGGAAAGCCGAAGAAGGCAGACGUGACCUAUAAGUUCCUCAUGGUUUACACUGCGUUCAGUCGCGAGUUUCAGCUGUUGGCGCCCCUUGGCCCCGUGUUCCCUGUGAAGCCGGCAGACCGCGAGGUCAUCAGCAAACUUUAUGGCGACUUGCCCACCUUGAGUCUAAGACCUCCACCCAUCACGACGAUUAAGGGCGGAUUCAAUGAGAUAUUUGAAGGCCUAGACACACUUCGCAACGGAGAAGCUCGGGGCACAAAGCUUGUCGUUGAGUUUGAGUAA